GUUCGUCUGUCGAGAAAAAUGACACUGGCAAGCUCGAACAAUGAAUCGAAAAAUGGGAAAGAUCCUCCACAGCAGAAUCACGAUGAAACAACACAGGCAUCUACACCAUCUGGAUUAUCAGAUUUGCAAAUGCAAAGUACAGAAGUAGGUGAAAUCACGGAGAUGCCAGACUUUGAGAUGCUAAGUACAUCUGCAGUUCUUCAUUAUUGCAAGCAUAAGAUAUUAAGGCCAUAUCUCAGGUUAUUAGGAGUAAUGGGAUUGAGACCAAUGAGCAGUGAUGAUUCUGAUCGUUUCUCUCGUUAUUGUAUUUUCGUGAAUUUUCAUACAUUUCAAGUAACUGUAUUCAUAUGCAUUGGGUAUAUCCUACAAUACAUGGCGUGUUUCAGGAGGGACCGUGGAUUCUGCUAUAAGGCAUUGCCAUUAGAUAUUCAGAUUUCAUCAAAUAAAAGUGUAGAACGAGUACACGAAGUUGGUUGUUUUGGAAAUACUGUGUUCAGUUAUUUUAUUCCUAGUAUAUUACAUUUGAUUGCAUAUUUAUACACAGUAUAUCUGUUUCGUAUUAAAGAGAACGAACAGCUACAAAAUUUAAUGGAGAGAGCAUUUCUUCUCUCCUCUAAUCCUGUGAAUCGUGGAAAUCAAAGGAAACUUGUUCAAAUACUGUGGUUAUUUAUAGCAUUAAGCGUCGUUUGGAUAAUUAUGGCUUUGAUUACAGUUAAUGUUUUGAUGGCCCAAGGAAACAUUGAAUUUCAGUGGCUGGAAGACAGUGCAUAUCAAGUAAAAAUAACACUGAAGGUAUUUCUAAUCGUAUGUACAUUGUGGCACGAUAUGGUUCAAGGAACGAUUAUAACCAGUUAUUGCUUACAAGGGCAACUUUUAUUGGCACAUCUGUACUUUCUUCGUGGGAAAUUGCUUCAUCAUACUUUACCUCCUAUCGACUGGAUGAGGGAGAUUUGUGAAUUUAAAAAAUUAUUGAAAUAUUUCAAUGACGAACUAGGGCCAGCCGUGUGCAUAUACACAGUUGUAAACUUAUCAUGGGCUGCAGCAGGCACAAUCUGGUUGCUCCAGUACGAUGACAAUCAGGUGCAACAUAAUCCUAUUACUUGGAUUGGUAUAGGGAAUGUUCUUCUGUGGAUGUUAAUAUCGGUGGCUCCGUUUGUUCAGGCAGCUCGUUUAACUACUGCCUGUUCCAUGAUUCAAAAUAUCGGACACGAAGUGCGUAUUCGACCGUUUGUUUAUCAAUGCACGCCAGGCGAAGAUCUUGACACGAUACUUUUGUACACGUCGUCAUUGAAGAUGUGCGCCAGGCUCUUUAGAGUACCAAUUACAGGCAGAUAUCUUUGUCUUCUACUUACUAUAAGUAGCAUCCUGAUUAUCACGCUAGGGUUGUGUCAAUACCUUUGAUCACAGUAUUACUUUUUAAAAUUAA